AGCUCUUUGCCGGCAUUUCACGGCAAAACCUCGUCCCGUCAACUUGUCAAUUACCCUCUUAUCUAUUAAUUGCAAUUAUAUACUAUAUUUUGUGACCAAAAAAAAAAAAACUCGUGCUAGUGCUGUGACAUAUAUUAUUUUUUUUUAGUUAACUUUUUCUCGGAAAUAAUUUAAAAAGCAUGUCACGCAUAUGCAUAAUUGGCGCUGGCGCAGCGGGCCUCUGCGCCGCCCGCCACCUGCUCGUCGAGCCGUCCGUGGGCCGGGUGGACGUACUGGAGCAGGCCGCCCAGCUCGGCGGCACCUGGGUCUACACCGAGAACGUUGGCUACGACGACUUCGGCCUGCCCAUCCACACCAGCAUGUACAAAAGUCUACGGACAAACCUUCCAAAGGAAAUCAUGGGAUUUCCUGAUUUCCCGAUACCGGAGAGCGAUAGGUCAUACCUCCCCGCUAAGGAUAUGCUGGCGUUCUUGCAAUUAUAUUCCGACAAGCACGGAGUGACGCCAUACAUCAAGUUCAAACACCAUGUGCAAGUAGUGAAACCAAAAAUGGGUCCUAAUGGUGAACUCUGGGACGUGACCUUCAAGGACUUGGCUACAUGCGAAUCGCAGACUGUCGAAUAUGACUAUGUGUUUGUCUGUAAUGGGCAUUACAAUACUCCAUUCAUACCAAGUAUACCAGGACUGAAGGAAUUUGAAGGUGAUGUGAUGCACAGCCACGACUAUCGAGUACCAGAGAUAUUCACCGGCAAAAAAGUAUUAGUAGUUGGAGCCGGUCCAUCCGGGAUGGAUAUCGCUCUGGAGGUCACCAGCGUCUCCCCACGGGUUACCCUCAGUCAUCACCUCAAAGAGCAGCCCCGUACCAUCUUCCCAGACAACUUAGUUCAAAAGCCUGAUGUAUUAAAACUGGAGGGAAACAGAGCGUUCUUCCAAGAUGGAACUGUUGAGGAGAUCGACGUUGUAUUCCUCUGUACUGGCUACCUCUACAACUUCCCGUUCCUCCACGAGUCGUGCGAGAUCGUGGUGGAAGACAACUGCGUGGAGCCUCUGUACAAACACCUCGUCAAUAUCAAUCACCCGACCAUGUGCUUCAUCGGCGUACCUUACUACGUCUGCGCAUUCUCAAUGUUCGACCUACAGGUACGAUACUACGUACGUUCGAUGAACGGCACCUUCAGUUUACCAACGAGGCAGCAGAUGGUAGAACACUGGGAGGAGGAGAAGAUGGACCGCGCCGCCAGGGGAUACACCAAACGGCAAGCACAUAUGAUGGGGCCAGAUCAGGAGAAAUACUACGCGUCACUGGCCUCUGAGGCUGGCACCAAGACCCUCCCUUCGGUCCUCACCAAAAUAAGAGAAGAGAGCUCGAUUCGUUUCCUACACAACCUGAAGCACUACCGCCAAGACGUUUACAAGAUCAUCGACGAUGACACAUACGAAAUAAUAAGUAAUGGAAAACGUGAAAUUCUUUGUUGACCCUAAUUUGAGUACUUAAUAACUAGGGUUAAGUUUAGGUUAGUUUUAGUCUAAGCUAGUGUUCGACAAGUAUAAUAAGGUAUUGAGAUGAAUGUAA